UUACCCUUAUCUCCCCGUAUCGUUAUUCCUCUCUUCGAUCAUCUCUUUACAUUUCAAUUUCUAAAGAUCUCUUUGACAACAAAGAAGAAGAAGAAAGAAACGCCCCCAAGAGCCAUCACGAAUCCUUCCUCCUGCAUUUUCUGGGGUUUUGGUGGUGUUGUUAAGAGAUCAUAAUGUCUAGCGUAGAGGAUUUGAAAGCUAAUGAAGCAGAAAAGUCAAUGCCAUCACCACAGCAGGAGGAGGCUGCUGUAAAGAGCAAGUAUGGAGGGCUCAUGCCAAAGAAACCACCUCUCAUUUCCAAGGAUCAUGAGCGAGCUUACUUUGACUCAGCUGAUUGGGCUCUUGGAAAGCAAGGUGUUGCCAAACCAAAGGGACCUCUUGAAGCUCUUCGUCCCAAGUUACAGCCAACGCAGCAGCAGACACGUUACAGGAAGUCUCCAUGUGCUCCAUCCGGUGAAGAUGGAGGAGGAGCUGCUCAGGGCGAAUGACUUCCCGGCAACAACGAGAAGUAGAGAGAGGGAGGAAAAGAUAUGGAAAAACUCUUGUGUCAGAACUUUGUUAUAAUCGGAUAUUGUCUGUCCAUUUGAAACAACAUAUAUUGUUUUCAUUAUAUCUUAACUUCAUCGCAUAGCGUCUCCAAGUUCCAGACAUUAUUAUACCUUAAUAAAAAGUAUAUUUGGAAGACC